AUGAAUAUCGCUCCUUUAUUGUUUUUCAUUCAACUUCUGUGGUCAAUUCCAAAUCUGCCAAUAUUCAAGACUGCAAACGCAUCUCGAUUUGAAGUUCGCUCGUUACCAGAUAGUCCCGCUUUGCCGGCUAACUGGGCUGGGCGACUGCCAGUGCCUGGACGGAAAGAUGGGAAUGAGGUCUUCUUCUGGUUGUUCGAAGCAGAGAACAAAGCAUAUGAUGAUACCUUCAUCAUUUGGUUCAACGGCGGACCAGGUUGCUCGUCUAUCGUAGGGCUAACGGGCGGCAACGGGCCUAUCUCCUUCGUCGGAAACUCGAUUGUCCUCGAACGCAAUCCCUACUCCUGGACCCAGCUUGGUCAUGUCCUGUAUGUGGACCAACCGGUUGGCACGGGAUUUUCGACCGCCAGCGUUCCUUACCCUGUAACCAACAACGAAAUGGUGACAGCGGACUUUGUGGACUGGCUGAACGGAUUUUUUACGUACUUCCCGCAUCUGCAGUCGAAGAAAAUACAUUUGAUGGGCGAGUCCUACGCAGGGAUCUACAUUCCCUACUUCACCGCCGCCCUGAUGGAGAGCAAUACCACGCAUCCACUCGACAUCCGCUCCAUGUCACUCGGCGACGGGUCAUGGGGAAACGCAGCCGCAAUGUCCUCCGUCGCCAUGGGCGCAUACAUGCGUUCACAGACAACUGCACUCAAACUGCCCAAAGACAUCCUCGCAGCCUUUGACGCCGCAGAUCAAACCUGCGGUUUCGACUAUGUCCUGGCCGAGGCACAGGUCUAUCCACCCCAGGGGAAGAUUCAUAUUCCGGGGAACCCAGAGAACUUCAAUUAUCGGCGACGCCGGCGGGAUAUGACGGAUGUUCUGAACGCUUCCUGUAGCAUAUCGCCGCGAACUGUAGCAGAGGUGAAUGAGUCCAUCUUCAACUCGACCUGCUAUGGCCCGUGUGCCACAUACUCUACCGCAAUGGACUAUGUGGACACCGCUUCCGCCGCUGGCACGGGCAUUCCCUGCUUUGACGUUUAUGAUAUCCAUCAUGAUUGUAGCACGGUCAACAGCUUGGCCCUGAUGGCUGAAUAUUUCAGCCGUGCCGACGUUCAAGAUGCACUACACGUUAGCGGUAGUGGGACCUACAGUGCAUGUAAUUCGACUAUCCUGGGCACAUUACUCGGUGCUCCAUCGGUAGUGCCCCCGGCGUACUCGAUUCUGCCUGCCCUGGUCACGGAGUAUAAUGUCUCGCUGCAUAUCUACAACGGAGAGUGGGAUAUGCUGCUCAACCAUAUCGGCACCGAGCUGUCUAUCCAAAAUAUGACAUGGCGUGGUGCUCAAGGGUUUUUGACGAAGCCGCAGCAAUUGUUCUAUGUCGAUGAUGCUAAGCCUGUGCAAAGCGUGGAUGGGUCGAGGUCAGGAGGAAGAAAUGCGAGGGCGAAAGUGGCAGGCCACUGGGCAGAGGAACGGGGGGUCUCGUAUCAUUUGUUUCGGGAAGCAGGUCAUAGUGUCUUUGCUAACAAGCCGCGCGAGAUGUUUGCGUACGUUCGUGAUGUGGUGGUUGGAACGAAAAGGGUUUGA